AUGAUUAUAUACAUUGAAGAAAAGUUAAUACGUGCAGAAAAGUGUCUUUCAAUCCCGGUCAGAAGAUUUUAUUUCUUUGAAGAGACAAUCAUCAACACGGUCUUUUUUAUUUUUAUUUUUCUGACAAGAUCUUUUGCCUCUCACAACACUCUCUCCCAUUCUCCCUCAAUCUCUCUCUUGCUUUUGCUUUUCCACUCUCUCGUUCUUGCCUACCAUUCUUUUGCUGUUUCUCUCUCAGCUUCCCUCUUGCUGUUGCUCUCUCUCUCUCUCUCUCUCUCUCUCUCUCUCUCUCUCUCUCUAUCUUUUCCUCUUUCUGUUUUUACUAUUGUUCUCUCACUCUCUUACAAUUGGUCUUGGGUUGACACAUUCUCUCUUUCUCUCUUUAGUUUAUCUUAUCUUCUUUAUUCUCUCUCACUCACUCUCUCCCUUUUGCUUUUUGUUCUCUCUUAUUCUCUCUCUUUUUAUCGCGUCUUAUCAGAAUGA